CGAAAACAAGCCAUGGCCAGUGUGCCACUGGCUUUGUAGUAUAAUUUCAGUGUGUCAAUGAAUAUCGGAACGCAGCCACAGUAUAAACUCUUGCGAUUAUUCUUGAUCCGUGACGCAAAAUGGCUGAAUUUUCGGUAAUAUCUCUCAAAUAAUAACGACAAUUCCAUCAAUCGCGAUAAAUUGAUAUCCUAUUGAAUAUUGAUUCUAAACUAGUAUUUGCUAGUGUGAUAAGAAGAAAAAAUUGUAACAUGUUAAACGAUGUGCCCAAAAGGUUGCCAAAAUGUUCCGAAAGUACGGUGGCCGACGUGCGUGAAGAUGAGGAACAAACCACCAAGUUUCAAGAAAUCAUUGAUUUACUUGUUGCAGCAGGUUAUUUUAGAGCACGGAUAAAAGGUUUAUCAAAUUUUGAUAAGGUGGUCGGUGGCAUGACUUGGUGCAUAGAAUCAUGUAAUUUUGAUGUAGAUGUGGAUUUACUUUUUCAAGAGAAUCUCACAAUCGGUCAGAAAAUUUCCUUGACAGAGAAAAUUGUAGUCAUGCUUCCUAAAAUGAACUGUCCAUAUCGGAUAGAACCACACCAAAUACAAGGUUUAGAUUGUAUCCAUAUAUUUCCGGUUGUUCAGUGGCUGGUGAAACGUUCUAUGGAAAUGCGACAGGAAAUGGCAGGCUUUGUGAGAUCUUUUGCUCUAAAUCAAUUUCACAAAAAACAUUCAUUUAGUGAGGAUGCAGAGGUUGGAAGAGUGGCUAGGGAAAACAUGAUUAAAAAUUUACAUUCAGUCAAGAAAGCCUAUGAGCCACGACGUUUAUUCAAGCAAAAAGAAGGUUUUCUGAAAGAUGAAACCAACAGGUUUAUUAGUACAGUAUUGGAAUAUGAAGCACCUUUUGAUGCUGUUAAAACAACUGUGACUACGAUAUCGACAUCAGUAGAACCUAAAAGUAGCGGCCAAAGACCCGAGUCGACUAAUGAAAAAAAUGAAAAAAGUACCACUGAAGAAAUUACAGCCGCUUUAGCUGUCAUAGAAGAAAAUUCGGCACGUUUAAGCGUAAGCACAGUGGGAAAUAUUGUUGGUAUACAAGCACAGGAAAUUGCCAAAGUGGCGGAAAAAUACGCGGCUAUGUCCACUUCUGAAGUAGAGGAUGGCGCAACCGAUUCGUCGUCGCGUGCUUUGAUAGCAUUACAGAAACAAAAGGCAACUUUGCAAUCUAGAGUUCGCAGAUUAACAAAGGAGAAAGACAGUUUGUCGGAUAAACUUGCCGAAAUAGUUGAAAAAGCGAAAGAAUGUCGUACGAAGAAAGAAGCUAUCGAACGUUCGUUCAAGAAGAUUCAAGAAAUCGGAAUCAAUGAUAACGAUAGCGUCUUCAACCGACUGGAGGAACUUUUGUCUGUACACGACGGAUUAGUGGAGCAGGAGUACAAUUUCCGAGAGCAAUGCAAAUCGGAUUUGAAUCUUCUUCGAGAUAUGUUACAAGAGAUCGAGGAUGGCGCUCCAGCGGAGGAAGAAGAUCGCGUUAAAGAAUACGAAGAUCAGAAGGAAGCCGUAACGCGAGUGCGACUGUUGCUAGCGAAAAAGAACAGAACUAUCGCAUCUUUAACGAGACAAUUGGACGAUGUUCCAGGACGCUCUGAACUAACGCAGUAUCAACGACGUUUUAUGGAGCUCUACAAUCAAGUUUCGGCCAAGCAUAAGGAAACUAAACAAUAUUACACGUUAUAUAACACUCUUGAUGAUACGAAGCUGUAUCUAAGUAAGGAAUUGUCGCUGCUGAAUUCCAUUCAGGAUAAUUAUAACGAAGCUAUGGCUUCAACGAGCGGCAAGGAACAAUUCUUGAAGCAGUUCGAAACAAUUGUUGCCGGAGUGAAGCGCAAUAAAGCAAUGGUGGAGAAAAGAUGCGCCGACGAGAAGAAUCGCCGUGACGCGCUCAGUCGACAACUCGUUACUCUUAUAGAGCAACAACGCAAAUACGUCGCGGCGGUCAGACAACUCACCAUAGAGUGUCGUAAAAAUGAGGCUCUGCUGGCUCAACUUCGAGGUCCGUAGGUUUCCAUUCGUAUUUCCACCACGGGAAGUGACGAAGAAAGGGCGGUCUUCGCGUUAGGAAAGCGCAUUUACAUUUAUUUACAGCACAUUAAAAAGUGACGUUUCCAGCAAUUUAGAAAUCUCUAAGUUAUACAUAAUAUAUUAUAUAAUUUAUAAGAUAUAGCGAAAGUGUAAAUACAUAGCUCGUAAUAUGCAAUUUUACAUAUUCGUGCGCGUCGACGCGCAUAUAUUCGCGGGUUAAAGGCG